AUGCUACGAGGUCCGGCUAAUCCAGUUGAUUUUGAUAAAGAAUGGACAGAAGCAAAGAGUACUGUGAUAUCAUUGCUGAAUCAAAGGGGUGUAAGUAAAGUACAGUGGCAGGAAUUAUUCGCCAUCGUUUAUCGUAUAUGUACAUGGAUUGAAGACGGCGGUGAUAUGGUUCGCAGAGAAUUAGAAGCAGAAGUACAUCGUUAUAUCGUCGCCGCUGAAAGACGUAUAAUGCAACACGAAGAAGAAAAUGCAAUUUUAAGGAUCUAUAUCUCAGAGUGGGCAAAAUUCUACACACAAACUAAGUAUCUUCCAAAGCCUUUUUCCUAUAUUUCCGAACAAAAAAAUUUGAUAUUGAAACCAGAAAAUUCUAUGAGAGAAGCCAACUUUGUGGUUUCAUCGCAUAAGCUGCAAAGUGCGGCAAUGCGUCUAGUGGAAUUGGAACGAAAUGGUGAAGCUUUCGAUCCUCAACUCGUUAUUGGUGUUCGACAAUCAUACGUAUCAUUGAACCUUAGUACUGAAGAUAGUCUGGCAGUGUACAAGGAUAAUUUUGAACGAGCUUACGUCGAUGAUACAGAGAGAUUUUAUAAGUUUCGUGCUCCUCAGGUUUUGGCUUCGGAAGGUGUACAAAGUUAUAUGAUGUAUGCUGAUACAAAACUGGUCGAAGAAGAAGCUCGUGGAAGGCGUUAUUUGGAAAACACGGCAGAUUCUGUAAAGAAGUUGGUAGAACGAUGCGUUAAAGUGCUUGUUGUUCAAUUUCAAGAGCAAAUUCUAGCUGAAUGUCCGACGCUUAUCAGUGAACGACAAAUUGAGAAGUUGAGAAUAUUGUAUCGGUUAAUAAAUCGAACAUCAGAUGGUAUUGACACUGUCCUGAAGUUUCUGGAUAUAUUUAUCAGAACUGAAGCUCUGAACGACAUGAGAGCAAAUGCAAACACUAUAACUACAGAUCCUGAAAAAUAUGUGGAACAGUUGUUAACGAUGUUUUCGAAAUUUAGCCUCUUUGUUGCAGACGCAUUUUAUGGCGAUGCACGUUUUUUGACGACACGAGAUAAGGCUUUUCAGGAUGUUGUGAACGAUACUUGCAUUUUUAAAAUGGAAAUUACGAGUUCUAAAGGAAAAUGUUCUGAUCGGAUACAAGCAGAAUCGAGAUGCCCUGAAUUACUUGCGAAUUUCACAGAUCUCAUUUUGAGGAAAACCAGUCUUUCAAAACGUCUGUCUUCUGAAGAAAUUGAUGCUAAAUUAAAUGAUGUGCUGUUAAUAUUGAAAUAUGUGCAAAAUAAGGAUGUUUUUAUGCGAUUUUACAAAACGCAUCUUACUCGGCGAUUAAUACUUGAAUUAAGUGCGGAUCAGGAAAAAGAGGAACAGAUGAUUACAAGAAUGAGAGAAGUUGGAAUGCCGGCCGAUUUUGUAACAAAAUUAUUCCGCAUGCUACAAGAUAUUGAAGUGAAUAAGGAUUUGAAUAGCAUCUUCAAAAGUUCGAUUGCAUCAAAUAACAAUUGCAUUGCGGAUUCAAUCUCAAUUAAAAUUUUGAAUGCUGGCGCGUGGUCACGUGGUGCAGCUGAUCGUACGCAAGUUCAGAUGCCUCGUGAGUUGGAAGAUUUUAUUCCUGAAGUGGAGGAUUUCUAUCGCAAACAACAUUCAGGACGGAAAUUGCAAUGGCAUCAUCAUUGGUCACAUGGAACGGUAAUUUUUACGAAUAAGAUGGGAAAGUUUGAUUUGGACGUCACUACUUUGCAACUUUCCGUGCUGUAUUGUUGGAAUGACCGUCCUCAUGAGCAGCUUUCUUUCGAAUGUCUGCGCACUGCUACUCAGCUGUCUGCUCCGGAACUUAUGAGGACAUUAUAUUCUCUUGUGGCUUUCCCGAAAAUGCGACAUCAAGUGCUUUGUACAAAUUGCUCAACUUUGAACUCACGUGAUUUUAAUGAUUCAACAUUAUUUUGGAUUAACCAACAAUUUACAGUCAUUAAAAAUGGUAGGGAGCAGAACCGUGGUCGAAUCAAUUUAAUUGGUCGUUUGCAAUUGUCAAUGAAAACAAAUGUACAAGAAGAGCAUGACGACAUCAUUGCCUUACGUAUUUUACGUGUGCAAGAAGCCAUCGUUAAAGUUAUGAAAGUUCGUAAGCGUUGUCAAAGUGCGCAACUACAAACCGAAUUGAUUCAAUUAUUGAAGCAUAUGUUUUUGCCGCCGAAAAAAAUGAUAAAAGAACAGAUAGAGUGGUUGAUCGAAAAUGGCUUCAUUGCCCGCGAUUCAAAUGAUUUAAAUGUUUUCUUGUAUGUAACAUGA